AUGAUAUUUGUACCGAAGAAAGCAGUUAAGGGUCAAGCAAUAGCCGAUUUUUUGUCAGAACAACAUAUUCCUUGGUCUUCUAAGUUUUAUGAAGACAUCCCAGAUGAAGGUUUCGAGUUGAAUUAUGUUUCGCACCACCAAAUAUGGCAACUCUACUUUGACGGUGUGUCACAACGUAACCAUAAGAGAGCAGUCAUUGCAGGGGCAGGGGCAAUGCUGAUUGACCCUUAUGGAUAUGUCCUCUCCCGAGCCUAUUCAUUGACCAAGCCAUGCUCCAACAACGUGGCCGGGUAUAACGCUCUUAUAAUCGGCCUACAACUUGUUCAAGACAUGGGUGUCAAAUACCUUGAAGCUCACAGCGAUUCUAAACUGAUCGUGAAUCAAAUCAGGGGAGAAUAUGAGGUCCACCACAAUGACCUCAUGCCUUACCAUAAAGUGGCAACAAGGCUUUCUCAGUCUUUCGAAGGCUUCUACAUUAACUACAUAGCUCGCCUUGAGAACACUCAUGUGGAUGCUCUAGUAUCCCUCACAGCCACACUUGCUUUGGCACCCAAAUCUACCCGGUGUAUCACUAUGGCUAGUCGUUAA